AUGGGCGACCGGGCGUACGGGCCGUCCUCCAAGCCGGUCCCUGUGGCGGCACCGCGGUCCGCCAACGGCACGGCGAACGGCGGCGGUGUAGGGACACCUCGGCCUCCGUCCAUGGUGCCCGGUCGCGUCCCGCCGCCGCCGAUGUACCGACCAAAGCCGAUGCAACCGCCACCGGGCCGUCGGCGGAGCGGGCGCGGGUGGUGCUGCGCGUGUUGCCUGUGGCUGACGCUGGUGUUGGUGGGGCUGGUGUUCCUUGGAGCAAUAGCGUUGGGGGUGUUCUACGUGAUUUACCACCCGGAGCUUCCGACCUUCGCCGUGACGUCGCUCCGUCUGGCGGCGCUGAACGUCUCCGACUCCGACUCCGUCACCUCCCGCAUCGAGUUCACGGUGACCGCGCGCAACCCCAACGAGAAGAUCGCGUUCGUGUACGGCGACAUCGGGGCUGCCUUCGCGGCCGACGGCACGGACAUCGGGGACGGCACCGUGCCGGGCUUCCUCCACCCCAGCCGCAACACGACGGUCAUCAAGGGGUCGGCUUCGGCGGCCGCCGCGACGGUGGACCCGGUGCAGGCGGCCAGUCUCAGAUCCAAGAAGUCCCAUGCGAUGUCAGUGGAGAUGGACUCCAAGGUGGGUUUCCAGAUCGGGCAGUUCAAGUCGAAGCGCAUCAGCGUCCGUGUGCUGUGCGGUGGCUUCAGCGCGGGGCUGGCCAAGCCGGCGCCCUCCCCGGCGCCGAUCAUCGUGGCCGCGGCGCCUGCGCCGACCCGGUCAAAAAUCAGGCUGUCGUCGUCUUCCACCGGAGGCGGCGGGUCGGCGACGACGGACGCAAAGUGUAAGCUCCGCGUCAAGAUCUGGAUUUGGACGUUUUGA